AUGCAGAUGGUGCUGGAGGAACGGGACCUAUGGGAGGUCGUCAGCGGUGAGAUCAAGGCGGAACAGUGCGAGACUCAGUUGGACCAAGCGACGUACAAGAGGAAGUCAAGAAAGGCGAUGGCAGUGAUCUGUCUAGCCAUGGAAGAUUCCCAGCUACCGUUGGUCCGGUCGGCAAGUGGUGCAUGCGACGCAUGGUCAAGGUUGGAAGACCACUUCGAGAAGAAGAGUCUUGCCAACAAGCUGUUCUUGCGCCGUCGCUUCUUCACGACAAUGAUGGAAGAAGGCGACGAUGUGCUCGAACACAUCAACAAGCUCAAGACGCUGGCGGAACAGCUAGAAGCGGUGGGGGCUCCAGUCUGCGAGGACGAUCUGGUGAUCACGCUCCUCGGCAGCCUGCGUGACUCGUAUCAAUUCUUGAUCACAGCUUUGGAGUCGCGCUCAGACACUCUUAGCUGGGAGCUCGUGACGUCUCGACUGCUUCAUGAAGAAAUGAAGCGGAAGGAGCAAGGAAGUAAAGGUGAUGAAGCUUCGCAAGGUCAAGCGUUCAUCACAAGGGACAAUCAGCGCAAAGGGCGACCAGUGAAGAAGUCCUGGCCGUGCCACAAUUGCGGAAAGAUUGGUCACUGGAUGGCGGAGUGCCCCUCGCGCAUCCAAGAAAACACGGAGAGACACCGGCCACAGCGUGCUCAAGACAGCGGCGACCGCUAUCGAUCACAACGUGCAAACGUCGCUCAAGAAGAAGACUCGGGCGACUACCUCUUUUCGAUCGGUGAAACGACAUCUGCGAAAUCGAGCGACAUCUGGCUGGUCGACUCCGGGGCGACGCAGCACAUGACGUGCUCCAAGAAGUUCAUGCGGAACUACAAGGGGUUUGACGCUGUGGAUGUCCAUCUCGCGGAUGAUGGAAUCGUCCAAGCAAUCGGCAGUGGGGACAUUGUCAUGUCGAUGAAGACACCCCAAGGGAUGAAGAAAGGUGUGCUCACAAACGUGUGGCACAUCCCAAAGUUAUCCAGAAACCUGUUCUCGGUCGGCCGCUUCACCAAGGAUGUCGGUCCAGUGACGUUCACGAAGGAUGGGUGCUAUGGAGAAGCGAAAGGGACCAAGUGGAAAAUUGGUGCCCGUGAAGGUAAAGGACUGUUCAAGCUGCAAAUGACUCCAGUGGCGCCGGAACAAGCAAAUGCAGCCAAGUCGUCGGGAUGUCAAGGGGGUGUAAGAAGUAAGAGUUAA